AUGCCUUUAAAUCAUAACAAAAAUCCUUUCUUAUCAAAAUGCAAAAAAUUGGAAAAAACUAUUCAAACUAUUAAGAACUCAUUAAAAAUAAAAAAUGCAGACAUCACUAAUAUAGACAGUCCAGAUUCCAUUAAUAUAGAUGAUGUCAAUUAUAUUUUAAAAAUAAACAAAAUGAUCAAAUCUGAUCAAGAAGAAAUCAAGAAACUAACUAAAAAUAGUAAAACAACUAAAAAUAGUAAAUCACAAAAACAUUUUACACAAAAUAAUAAGAAAGGUAAAGAACAUGCUACAACUACUCAAGAACUAGGUUCAGCUAUAGAUAUCAUUGAUUCUGAUCAAAAAUAA